AUGAGGCCCACUGCAGCAGCAGCAGCCAAACCUUCCUUCUUCCUCGCCAGACACCAACCAUUCCCGACAUCAUCAAGGGCAGCAGCAGCAGCAGCCGAUCCAUGCAAGUCGCCCAACAAGUUGAGGCGCAUUGGCCGGUCAUGGCGAGCCGCGUCGGCGGGCAGCAACCGCGGCGACGAGCGCGGCCAGUCCGUAUCGACGGUGGCGACGACGCCGUCAGGGAGGCGGGCCCGGCUGUCGGCGAGGCGACGGGAGAGCAUCAGGCUCCUGGACGUGCUGCCGGGCCAGGGCGGCAUCGGCGAGUUCCUGCGGCACCCCGCCGGCGUGGAGUCCCUGCUCAACACCCGGGCGCUGCAGAGCUUCGCGCCGGUGGAGUCGGAGUCGGAGUCGGGCCCGGCCGGCGCCUUCAGGUGCACGCUGCACCCCAUGGGCUUCCUCGGCUUCCAGGUCGCCCCGGUCCUGGACCUCCGCGUCACCCCGACCCGCGACGACUGCACCGUCGAGAUGCUCUCCUGCAGGUUUGAGGGUUCGGACUCGAUCGAGCAGCAGAAUGAGCUCUUUUCAGCGGUUAUGACCAACCGAAUAACAUGGGGAGACAAUGGUGAUCAGGAGCCAUGCUUGGACAUCGAUGUCUAUUUGGAGGUCACCCUGGAGGUGUACACGAAGCCGUUCAGCUUGCUCCCGCUAUCGGCAGUGGAGAAACCAGGCAACCUGCUGAUGCAAGGUCUGCUUGACAGGCUUGUCCCGAUGCUGGGUGAGCAGCUGCUGAGGGACUACCAUUCCUGGGUUCAGCAGCAGACCCAGUCUUCAUCCUCAUGA